AUGUCUGCCCGUCGGCCUCAUGGACAGACCUACGCCGAUGUUGGAGCCAAGUCCACAACCAGUGACUCGGACGUGACACCUGCUGUUCCGUCAGAUGUCGUGUUCAAGUUGCUUGGCUUCACGGCCGCCAUGGCCUUCCUGCCGAUUGGGAUGUAUUUUCUGACAGUGAAGACCAUCUUCGCAGGAAAUGCGACUUACUCUGGUAUCACUGCAGCGAUUAUGGCCAACGUGGUCUUAUUCGCUUACAUCUACGUGGCCUGGAAGGAAGACCAAGGUGACAGGGAAGAAGCAGAAAAGUCCAAGUUGAAGAAAGCACAAUAG